AAGGUGCACAGCGGGGGAGGUGACAAAAAUGUGCGCGGCUGGGGUGGGGGGUGGGGGGCGGCGAUCGGGACUCCCAAACGGCCCCUGACCCGCUGCGCGACCCCCGGGGAGCGGACUCCGUCUCUGGGCGAAGACGGCGGGGCCCUGGAGGAUCGUGAAGCCAAGGACGCGCAGGCGAGGCUACGCGCGACGCACGGGUGGGGACCCGGGGAGCCGCGGACUGUGCGAAGAGUUGGGUGGCAGAAGGGGAUGUCACUGCGCCCCCAGAGGAGGCGACGGGUCAGCCAGGACGAGGGGACCCGCCCCGAUGCCCCCACAGCGCCUGCUGGCCCCUCACACUGAUGCCUCUCCACCCGGAUUCUAAACCCGCUAAGGGAAUGUUGUCCUUGCUACUCUGCGUCGUGUCCAUCGCUCUUCCACGUUUUAUCAGAGCAGAUGCUUGUGAGGACGUGAGCGUGCAAGAGAUCGUGUCAGUAGGCCAGCCUACGGCUUUUAACUGCAUAUACUCUCUGCCAACAUCUGGGAAAGUAGCUGCAACGUGGUAUAAAUAUCCGAGCAAAAUCCCGAUAUCCAAACACAUACAGUCUAGAGUUCACCAGGACCGAAACUGGAUUUUGUUUCUCCCUGUGAAAAGGGAGGACUCUGGGAUCUACCAAUGUCACACAAACGAUACAAACAUCUGUCCCAGAAUGAAAGUCAACCUCACCGUGUUUAAAAAACAUUGGUGUGGUACUUCCAGCAAUAGCCAGCUGAAUGUGCCAGAUGCAUACAAACAGAUCUUAUAUGUUGGAAAGGACGACGUUCUUAUAUGUCAUCUGAACUUCCCGAGCAGCUUUGAUUUGGAUUCAGUAAAGUGGUAUAAGGACUGUAAAGAGAUUGAAGGAGAACGGUUUAUUUCUAGGGGAACAAAGCUUUUAGUGAAGAAUGUCUCGGCAGAGGAUGGAGGGAGCUAUGCAUGUCAAGCCAGACUCACAUACGCAAAGAAGCAGCACACUGUUUUAAAUAGCAUUUCUGUGAAUAUCACAGGGAAAGUGGGAAAUGGAAGAAGAAUCCCUAAGAUCAUUUAUCCAAAAAACAAUUCGAUCGAAGUAAAACUUGGCUCCACCCUCAUUGUGGACUGCAAUAUAACAGACACACGGGAUAACACAAACCCACGCUGCUGGAGGGUCAAUAACACCUUGGUCGAUGUUUACUACAAGGAAUCCAGACGAAUUCAAGAAGGAAUCGAGAACUACACUGUUUUUCAAGAACAUAUUUUUUACACCGUGAACAUAACCUUCUUAGAAGUGAAAAUGGAAGAUUAUGGCCAUCCUUUCACAUGCCAUGCUGGAGUGUCUGCAGCUUACUUUAUAUUAAAACUCCCAGUUCCAGAUUUUCGAGCUUACUUGAUAGGAGGGCUUCUCGUCUUGACCAGCGCGGCAGUGUCUGCCGUGUGUAUCUACAACGUUUUUAAGAUCGACAUUGUACUUUGGUAUCGAAGUGCCUUCCAUCCUGCAGGGCCCAUAGAAGACGGGAAGCUGUAUGAUGCGUAUGUCUUAUACCCCAAGCCUCAAAGAGAAAGCCAGAGCCAUGAUGUGGACACUCUGGUGUUGAAGAUUCUGCCUGAGGUGCUGGAGAGGCAGUGUGGAUACAAGUUAUUUAUAUUUGGCAGGGAUGACUUUCCUGGACAAGCUGUGGUCGAGGUCAUUGAUGAAAAUAUUAAACUGUGCAGAAGACUGAUCAUCAUCAUCGUUCCCGAAGUGCUGAACUUUGACCUAUUAAGGAACAUGUCAGAAGAACAGAUCGCAGUCUACAAUGCUCUCAUCCAGGACGGGAUAAAGGUCAUUCUGAUUGAACUGGAGAAGGUCAAGGACUAUACAGCCUUACCGGAGUCCAUUCAGUACAUCAAACAGAAGCAUGGGGCCGUCCAGUGGAGUGGGGACUUCACCGAGCAGUCACAGUGUGCGAAGACCAAGUUCUGGAAAGAAGUGAGGUACCGCAUGCCCCCUAAAAGGUGGCCACCUUCUCCGCCUGUCCAGCUGCUAAAGCACUCGACCUUUGACCUCACAGCCAGCAAGUGUGAGGCCAACGUGGGGUUCAUCACCCCGUGAUGGAGAGUUGUUCGUCACGGGGUGGGUCACAGUUAAACAAGGACGCAUUGCAUUGGGGCUGUUGGCUUUGAGCUUGCUGUUGUGUACUUGUGGAGAGGCCUGUGCUUACUUGCUCAUUAGCUCAGAGCUGCUUCUUUAGGGAAGGACAUCACCUCUCCAGAAGCCCUCGUUAACUGGCUGGCUCUGAACCCUCACGAACACUCGGGAGCUCGGAGUAUUGGCGUUUGAGCCCCCGGGGAAGGGACACAGAGGGUUGUAAAGUCGCAGUUCAGCUGUCAGGAGGUUUGGCACAUGGAGUGGCCCCCAUAGGGCUGGGUUGUCAGGAUACACAGCGCAGUGUGGGCUUGGGGAGGGCUGGCAAAGGUAGUGGCCCUCACUCUUCAUGCCUGACCAGUGUGCAAGGCCUUUGUUCUCAGGGAAUAUUUGCUGUGUCUCUGAGCCCCUCUCACUCCUCAAGUGCAAAUAAAUAGCUGUGACCUUGCAGUCUGAGCACCUUGACACCGGAAGCUACAUGGAGAUCACCUAGACCAGUGGGGACCAACUCUGGUGCCACUGGGUUUGCCCGUUAAUUACCCUGCUGGUGGGCCCCAUGCUUUGAAAGACUUCACCUGUCAAACCAAAAUAAGUAAUAACUCACUUAUUUUUCCAGCUGGCCUCUGUAAGCCAGAAUUCUGAGCCACAUGUGAUAGAUGCAGUUACCACACCAAUAUGACGUAGUUCUAGUCCAAGUAAAUAAAGUCAUCUUUCAGGUAGCCCGUGCACUCCCAUCAUGGGUCAGUUUUUGAUAUAACAAGUCACAAAGACUUUUGAGACUAUAAAAUAGCUAUAAACUCUUAUCAUUACUGUCAAAGACCCUAACUGCAGGAGCUUUGAUAUAGUCCAACUCUCUUAGCCUGUGGUUGACAACAGCCUUCAGAGGUGGCUGCUAUGGUCAGAAUAUUCCUGUCCCCAAAACUCACAUGUUGGAAUCCUAAUACCCCAUGUCAUGCUUUAGCAGGUGGGGUUUUUGGGAGGUGAUUAAGUCGUGAUGGAGGAAUCCUCAUGGAUGGGAUUGAUGCUUUUAUGAAAGAGACCCCAGACACUUCUUUGCCCCUCCCACCAUGUGAGGACAUAGUGAGAAGUCAGCAAUCUGAAAGAGGGACCCCACCCGACCAUGCUGGCAGCCUGGUCUCAGGCUCCCAGCCUCCAGAACGCUGAGAAAUAAAUUUCUGUCAUUUAUAAGCCCCCAGUC